AUGAACAGCAAUGUCUGCGUGGAACCGGGCCCGAGCCCGGAGACCCCGGGUCUGCCCAAGGAGAGCCACCUGCCCGAGGGCGCCUUGAACAGCCUUGUGGAUUACAACUCGGAGAUGGAGCGCUACCGCUCGUUCGCCACCUCGUUCUACAAGACCAACGGGGGCGCCUUCCCGCAGGCCGCCAAGAUCGCGCGCAUCACCACCCCGAUCUUCCCGGGCAGCGCCGCCGCCGCCGCGGCCGCCGCGCCCAACACUAAUUUCCUCUCCACCUUGUCCCCCGAGCACUGCAGACCUCUGGCGGGGGAAUGCAUGAACAAGCUCAAGUGCGGCGCGGCGGAAGCGGAGAUCAUGAACCUCCCCGAGCGCGUGGGCACCUUCUCCGCCAUCCCGGCUUUGGGGGGCAUCUCGUUACCUCCGGGGGUCAUCGUCAUGACCGCGCUGCACUCCCCCGCCGCCGCCUCGGCGGCCGUCACGGACAGCGCCUUCCAGAUUGCCAACCUGGCAGACUGCCCGCAGAACCACUCCUCCUCCUCCUCCUCCUCCUCCGGGGGCGCUGGCGGGGCCAACCCCGCCAAGAAGAAGCGGAAACGCUGCGGGGUGUGCGUGCCUUGCAAGAGGCUCAUCAACUGUGGCGUCUGCAGCAGUUGCCGGAACCGCAAAACCGGACACCAGAUCUGCAAAUUUAGGAAAUGUGAAGAGCUAAAGAAAAAACCUGGCACUUCGCUAGAGAGAACACCUGUUCCCAGUGCCGAAGCAUUCCGGUGGUUCUUUUAAAGCAGUAGUGUAUCUUAUUUUCAAGGCAUUUGGAAAUGAAGGGCAAUCUAAUGUCUUGUUUUAAGAAACUGCUUAGUCCAGCAUUGAAGAAAAUAUCCAGAAAUUAUUUUCAUUUUAUGUAUAGGGAUUUCUUCAAAGAACAAAACAGAGGAAAAGAAAAGAGGAAAAAAACACAUAAAAAUAACAUGGGAGCUUGGGAAAUUGGCUAGUCUAUUUACUUUUCAAUACACUGAUUCUUUCUUUGAUGUAAUUUAGCUCUUCUGGUGAAGUUGUUGUCUAUUUUGAAAGUGGCUGUAAAAAAAAAAGUUUGGGUAAACCCCUGCUGUAAAAUCAUGUAUCUUUGCAAAGUACAUAUCUAGACUUCCUUUUCAAAUGUAAACUGUACAGAUAGCAGCUUGUAUUUUGUGUGUUUAGACACAAGGGGACAAUCACGUCUGAGCAUCUAUGGAGAUUCACAGUUUGUAUACAACAGUCUGCUUCUGCAAUUUAAAUCUGGAGCAAUAAAUUUUAGCUUUAAACUUUUUUUUUUACCAGUUGUUUCUAGAAGUAGUAAGAACACUGGCACUGUUUUGCCAUGCAUCUUUCCUUAGAGACUUGAGGCCAAGUUUUACAAGACUUCAAAGAUGAUGCAUCCAGCCAUUACCUUCCGUUGUACUGUUCUAAGAGGGGAAGAUGUAAUGAAAGUUUCAAUUAAUCUUUUGAGCACUGUAUUAGAGUAGUGGUUAUGCACUUGCAUUGCUUACAAGCAAACUGUACAGAAGGGGGUAGAUCCCCAGUACUUAGUGUAGUUGGCUUGUCUUGAGUUGCACUGUAAGCCAGAGUACUCAGAAUAGUUGGAAAAUGCAGAAUCAGUUGUGUAAAUUUUUUGUUAACAACAACACAAAUUUAAAAAAAAACAAACAACCCAGUGUUUCCUAGACUAAACAUAAGAUCUUAGGGGGAGAAAUCCACGACUGAUUUUUUUUUUUCCUAGACAAACAUAGGAUAAGUUUGUUUUUGGUUUUGAUUUUAUUUUUGUUUUGUUCAUUUUCUUUUUGCCUAUUUUUUGGUAGGAAAAAAAUCCUUAAUACACAGUAUCCAAAUGUAUUAAUACCAUGUAUGUUAUGAAAUAAGGUUUUAACACUUAAAUACAUGGAGACCUGGUUUUGGGGUGUUGCUAAGAAUAUUUUUAAGUUACCAAAAAAAAAAUCAAACACAUUUCUAAAAGUGAGGCAUAUGGUCUGUUUUUACCUUCUUUUCUCAUAGCCUUCUGGUUGGACCAGUGGCUUUCCCCCCAAUGUCUCAGUGGAAAUCUCCACCAUCCCCUUUCCCAUUCUUGUCAUUUACGCUUCCCUGAGAUGGGGCCAGCCUGUGGAAUUUCUUAAACGGAAGGCUGGCUCUGUCAUCUGUCCACAUACAAAGGAGAUAGUGAUCCAUACAAGCUUGGCUACCAUGGCCUAUAGGGUUUGUUUGGCUUCUGAGAGUCAGCAUUCCUAGGGAUUUUUCCUUUUAUUUUUUUUUCUUUUAAUGAAACUAUAAAGGUUAUUUUCAGAUUCCAGACUGGAACAGAGUUUAUCAAAAAACAAAAAAAAAUGCACACAACAUUCAAGUUGUCAUGUUACUGCAGCAUUUUGUUCUGUAUUCAUGGAAGUCAUGCUAGCUCACGACAUUCCACAAGCCUGUUGAAACAGGUUGGUCAAACGGCCCAGGAGAAGAAAAAUAACUAAACUAUGAGGGAACAGAGAGAAGUUGAAGUGUAACAUUUUUGAAAGACUGGCAAACGGUAUUAAAAAGAAUCUAGUUGUAGUUUUGAAUGGGAAUUGAGAUGAUAGGAUUGGAAUGAAUUAUUGGGAGGCAGAAGGAGCACCUUAUACAUCAGCAGAAUACUUGGGGGAAGUGUGGGUACUGAUCGUACAAAUGCCACUGGGAGACAAAAAAUGUGACAUCACUGGCCUAGAACACCAAAGCAAGUCUACAGUAACCAUCCCAGCACCUUUUGGAGAAAAUCCAUUAUGUGCUAAAAUCAGUCUGUGUUUAGAAAGUAUAAAUAAUCACAAGUUAUGGGGUACAGUACUGCAUAAUAAUUUUGAGAUAGCUUUUGACUCGAUGAAUAUUCCUUUGAGGGUUUCUAGUUAGAAUUUAUAUUUCUUCUAUAGUACCAAUGAGAACGAGUAUAAGUUCUUCCUUGUUCCCCUUUAUUAUUUUAAUUUGCUUUUGUUUACCAAUUUGUACUAAUGAGGUACACAUAAGUGAAAACUUGCUUUCACACUUCAAUGAGAAGCUUGCCUUUCUUAGGAAAAUGAUUAUUACAUAAAUAAACAGACUUCUAUUCAGGCUAUAUUGGGCAUAUUAUUUUAAAAAGAUCACAUAGCAAUGUACUGACAGUCUGAAAUGCAUUGUGGUGUUGCAUGUCUUAAUGUGUUUUUGGUUGCUUUUGAAAAUAACUAGUGAAUCUGUAUCUAUAUUGUAUAAUGUGAUGUUUAUUAUGUCAGUUCAUUUUUUAUCAAAGUAAAUCUGUUAAUUACUGAAAAAGAACAGAGUAGCUUUUCUUUAAUUCUCACAUAUAUAUUUUACUGAUGUGUUUCAUAUCACCUGCUUUGAAUAUUUUUGGUUACAAGUCUGUGUAGUGUGGGGUGCCAUAAAGUUCUCAUUGGUGAUGAUGAAAAAAAAUAUUCUUCUGGACUCCCUCUGUUUUUCUUCCAAUUUGUUCAUAUAGUGAGAACUUAUAAAGCAUACAAUGACAGCUUUAGGGUCCUGACUUCAAGGUUUACAGUUCUCAUAUUCUCAAAUAUGGAUGAAAUGUAACUUAAAAAAAAUCCUCACUGCCUUUCCUAUUCAGUUUUCAAGAAAAUUCAAAAUUCAGUAAUCCAAUGAUAGAGGGUGUGGUGUGUACUUGCUAAACAACUUAAAAAUUAUAUAUCAGAUGAACUAAAAACAGAGGUCCAACAUGCUCUGGGUCCUGUCCUCUCAAAGGAAAUAUAAUAAUGUGCCAGUAUUUAGGGAGAUCAAAAUAGUUGGGCCAAUAUAGUGAGCAAAUGUACAGUUCAUUAUCACACAGUGCCCUAAUUCAUAACACAGACCCUCUCUUCUUGAACCUUCGACCAAAGUGGUUUUUUGAUGGACUCUGCUUUGUGUAUAAGCAGAGGUAUGCUCACAAAGUAGUAACUUAUCCAUCCUUGGGGAAAAAAAAUAAGAAUUGUCUUCUCCCCAUGAAAACAUACAUCACAAAUGUCUCCUUGUUGCUUAUGUUCUGUCUCCCAACUUUCUUCUUCUAAACACAUGUCCAGCGAGUAAGAAAUGAUGGGCUUACUGUGAAUUAACAUUAAAUAAUCACAAGAAAUAUUCCCUUCCUCUCAGUCAGAACCGCUGGCACAGAAGUGUGCAAUUAAUGCUAAAGCAUAUGAAGCCUUUAAGCGGAUAAUAUCAGUAAUAAAAUAAUGGAAAAAAAUGAAAGCAGUUAAACGUACACACUCUUUGGGGUCAAAUCUAUUCAGCCAAAAGCUAUAGUGGGCCUUUGAUCAUGGUUAGAUUCACGGUGAUAUCACACAGUUGGUUCUCAUGUAACAGUUAAAUGUUUCUCAUUUUGUUUUUAUUCAGUUUGGCAUUUCACACUGAGAUCUGUAUUCUUCAUGAAUGAAAUACAGCUACUGUGUUAGGAGGGACUCUGUUAUCACAAUGGCAAAAUAGUUGAAAUAUUUCAGGAACUUGGGUCACUAGGUGGACUCCUGUCACUUUGUUCUCCUAUCCUGAACUGUGCAGUUAUCUAUUACAUUUUCUAAUAGAUAUUUGUGUAAGGUGUAUGUAUGCUUGUGCAAUUAUUUAAAAUGCAGUUUUGGAAAACAGUGUAUUUAUUAAAGAAAAAUCAUUUAUGGGGCAUGUACAAAACUGUAAAAAAAAA